AUGGAUGAUACAAUAUCAGCUGGUGAUGGUCAUAUUCAUGAUCAACAUGAAUAUCCUAUUGAUUAUGCAGAUGAUGAUGAAGAUUUCGAACAAUCACAUGUUACACAUGAUUAUGUUUCUCCUAGUGGCUCACCUUAUUGGAUUCAUGUUGUUUUAGACCACAUCAAACCUAAAAUCAACUCAAUAGUUGACUCAUGUGGUGCUGCAUUAUCAAUGUAUAAAAAUUAUGCAUCAGAAGCAGGUUUUGAUGCUAGGCUUGGAACAAUUAGAACAACCAAAUCCGACAUUAUCACACAACGACAUUUUCUAUGCAAUCGGGAAGGUAAACCAAGAACCGCUAAAGUGGAUACUCUAGACCCACAACAUAAUAAGAUUCAAAGAAGGAAAUACUCAUUUAGGUGCAAAUGCAAAGAAAAAAAUGUUUUUAUUCUAUUACAUGGUACUAAUACAUAUAUUGUUGAUGAUUUUCUCGAACAACAUACUCAUGUGUUGUUUGGUAAGGACAACAUGUUUUUGUCUCGUACAAAGAGUAAACUUGAUUAUUCUCAGAAGAUGUUUAUUCACAACUUGUCAAAGCAAAUUAUUGGUGCCUCAAGAGCAUCCUUUCCGUCACCACUCAUACAUCCAUAA